AAAAAUGACGAUGCCAGUAGCAAUUCGCGUGGGUUUAUCGAAAAACAGUAGCCCGUAAAAUGCAUAUACCCUAGCUUUUCUUCUUCAAAUCGCGCGCGCUUCUCCUCCUCCUUCGCCGGCAACCACCGCGGCGGCGUACUUCGUCAUCGGAGUCUCACUCCCACCCACCUCUCUCUUGAAAUCAUAGAAACAGAAAUCUCCAAAACCGUAAAUUUCAGAACUAAGUAAUAAGCCCUAAUUCUCCCGUCGAGUUCACGGGACUGUUACAGUCAUGUACGGCGGCGAUGAAGUUUCAGCUAUUGUGAUUGAUCUGGGUUCACAUACCUGUAAAGCUGGUUAUGCCGGAGAAGAUGCUCCUAAGGCCGUGUUUCCUUCUGUUGUUGGAGCUAUUGAUCAAAUGGAUGUUGAUGAAUCGGAUGAUCCUGAAAAGAACUCUGGCUCUGGUGAAUCGAAGAAUAAUAGUAGAAAUGUUGAGGGUGAUAAAGCCAAGGGAAAGAGAAAAUUGUAUGUAGGAUCUCAGUCCUUGGGCUACCGAAGAGAUUUUAUGGAGGUACUGUCUCCACUGAAGGAUGGACUUGUUGCUGACUGGGAUAUCGUUGACAGCAUUUGGGAUCAUGCCUUCAGUAGGGAGUGCCUAUUGAUUGAUCCUAAAGAACAUCCCAUGCUCCUGGCAGAGCCUUCUUCAAAUGCUCCACAACAGAGAGAAAGGGCAGCGGAGCUCAUGUUUGAGAAAUACAAAGCACCUGCACUAUUUUUGGCAAAAAAUGCUGUUCUGACUUCUUUUGCAUCAGGACGUGCCACAUCAUUAGUUGUUGAUAGUGGUGGAGGAUCUACUACAGUUGCACCGGUUCAUGAUGGCUAUGUUCUUCAGAAGGCUGUGGCAACCUCUCCAAUCGGAGGAGAAUUUCUUACAGACUGCUUGAUGAAAAGCUUGGAAAGCAAGGGUAUUGUGAUGAAACCUAGGUAUUCCUUUAGGAGGAAGGAAAUACGCCCUGGAGAGUUUCAGACUGUAGAUUUGGAUUUUCCAAAUACAACUGAAAGCUACAAACUCUACUCCCAGAGGGCGAUUGCUAGUGAUAUCAAGGAAUGUGUGUGCCGCGCUCCAGAUACUCCAUAUGAUGAGAGUGCAUAUUCUAACAUCCCAACGACCUCGUAUGAGCUUCCUGAUGGCCAGACAAUUGAAGUUGGAGCUGACAGAUUUAAGAUUCCAGAUGUUCUUUUCAAUCCAUCCCUGGCUCAGUCAAUUCCAGGCAUGGAGAGCUUUGCUGAAAUUGCUCCUUCAGUUCGUGGGCUUCCUCAGAUGGUUAUUGAGAGCAUUAAUAAGUGUGAUGUUGACAUUCGAAGAGAAUUGUUUAGUAGCAUACUGCUUGCUGGCGGCACAGCUUCAAUGCAACAACUGAAGGAACGCCUUGAGAAAGAUUUGCUAGAGGAAUCCCCUCAGGCUGCUAGAGUAAAGGUAUUGGCCAGUGGUAAUGCUACUGAAAGGAGGUUUAGUGUCUGGAUAGGUGGCAGUAUACUGGCUUCUCUUGGUUCCUUCCAACAAAUGUGGUUCUCCAAAUCCGAGUAUGAAGAGCAUGGAGCUUCAUAUAUCCAAAGGAAGUGUCCUUGAAUUGCGAUUGGUACGUGGAUCUUGCCACUGAUCUCUAUCUUGGUUUUAUCAUGUUGACCUCAAGAUGAAUCACAAUCUAAUUAUUACUGUAAUCUAUUCUGAUGUGGAGUGUGCUUAGAGUCUGUAAUAUUUUCUUAUUUAACAAAUUGAGUUUCACUUCUGUGUAAAUUUAAUUUAACCGGGCAUGAGAAUUGCCAUUUACAUAUAAUUAUUGAGUAGUUUUAUUUGAUAAA